AUGGCCGACUCGGCCUUUUUCACGGGAUCCCUGACCCCGUAUGUGACCGUUCUCAACUUUUUUUCUUUUCUUAAACAUGAACAAGAGUGUCUGAACAACAGUUUUAUAACAAUCGGAAACCCCUUUUUGAGAGGACCAUCAUCUCGAAAUUUCAUUUUGAACCCAAAUUUGGCCUGAAAAAUGGCCGACUCGGCUUUUUCACGGGAUCCCUGACCCCGUAUGUGACCGUUCUCAACUUUUUUCUUUCUUAAACAUGAACAAGAGUGUCUGAACAACAGUUUAAUAACAAUCGGAAACCCUUUUGAGAGGACCAUCAUCUCGAAAUUUCAUUUUGAACCCAAAUUUGGCCUGAAAAAUGGGCCGACUCGGCUUUUUUCACGGGAUCCCUGACCCCGUAUGUGACCGUUCUCAACUUUUUUCUUUCUUAAACAUGAACAAGAGUGUCUGAACAACAGUUUUAUAACAAUCGGAAACCCUUUUGAGAGGACCAUCAUCUCGAAAUUUCAUUUUGAACCCAAAUUUGGCCUGAAAUGGCCGACUCGGCCUUUUUCACGGGAUCCCUGACCCCGUAUGUGACCGUUCUCAACUUUUUUCUUUCUUAAACAUGAACAAGAGUGUCUGAACAACAGUUUUAUAACAAUCGGAAACCCUUUUGAGAGGACCAUCAUCUCGAAAUUUCAUUUUGAACCCAAAUUUGGCCUGAAAUGGGCCGACUCGGCUUUUUUUCACGGGAUCCCUGACCCCGUAUGUGACCGUUCUCAACUUUUUUCUUUUUUAAACAUGAACAAGAGUGUCUGAACAACAGUUUUAUAACAAUCGGAAACCCUUUUUGAGAGGACCAUCAUCUCGAAAUUUCAUUUUGAACCCAAAUUUGGCCUAAAGAUGGUCGAUUCGGCUUUUUACGGGAUCUCUGACUCAGAUGUAGACCGUUCUCAACUUUUUUUCUUUCUUAAACAUGAACAAGAGUGUCGGCCAUUUUAGGCCAAAUUUGGAGUUCAAAACUGAAAUUUCGAGAUGAUGGUCCUCUCAAAAAGGGGGUUCCGAUUGUUAUAAAAACUGUUGUUCAGACACUCUUGUUCAUGUUUAAGAAAGAAAAAGUUGAGAACGGUCACAUACGGGGUCAGGGAUCCCUGUGAAAAAGCCGAGUCGGCCAUUUUAGGCCAAAUUUGGGUUCAAAAUGAAAUUUCGAGAUGAUGGUCCUCUCAAAAAUGGGUUUCCGAUUGUUAUAAAACUGUUGUUCAGACACUCUUGUUCAUGUUUAAGAAAGAAAAAAGUUGAGAACGGUCACAUACGGGGUCAGGGAUCCCGUGAAAAAAGCCGAGUCGGCCAUUUUAGGCCAAAUUUGGGUUCAAAAUGAAAUUUCGAGAUGAUGGUCCUCUCAAAAUGGUUUCCGAUUGUUAUAAAACUGUUGUUCAGACACUCUUGUUCAUGUUUAAGAAAGAAAAAAGUUGAGAACGGUCACAUACGGGGUCAGGGAUCCCGUGAAAAAGGCCGAGUCGGCCAUUUUAGGCCAAAUUUGGGUUCAAAAUGAAAUUUCGAGAUGAUGGUCCUCUCAAAAGGGGUUCCGAUUGUUAUAAAAACUGUUGUUCAGACACUCUUGUUCAUGUUUAAGAAAGAAAAAAAGUUGAGAACGGUCACAUACGGGGUCAGGGAUCCCGUGAAAAGGCCGAGUCGGCCAUUUUAGGCCAAAUUUGGGUUCAAAAUGAAAUUUCGAGAUGAUGGUCAACCCGAAAAACAUCUCAAAUUGAAAUAAAAAAAUCAAUAAUAGAUGUCUAUUAGUGAAAUGGAAACAAAAGAUUGGAAUGGAUCUCUGAAGAAUGAGCCGUCAGGCAUCAUGGACUUCACCCACUUGGCCGCCGCAAGACCACGAUUGCGCGCCUUCGAGGCGAUUUUUCGAAAUGAUGGUCCACCUAGGAUUUCUUCAAACUAGUAACAGCUUGUACAGCUUCUCAUAAGGUAUCUUUUGAGAAGUUAGGAAGAAUGGAUCUCCCGGCUCAAGCUCAUGGUGGUCGAAAAACUGACUCGGCGGACACAAAAAGUACCGUAACUCAAAAUUUUCUCAUCGUAACCCAUGAUGGUAUGUACUGUAAAAGUUCCUAAAAUUGAAUUACCUAUCGAUUGAUAUAUCACUUGCCUAAUAAAAAAACUCAUAAAUACUGAGAUACGCAGGUGCCCACCUGCCUACCGUAACCCGGCUACAGUAAGAGGAAAUGGCUCAAAAAAAGUUGGGUCCGCAUUUCUGAUGAUGGGUUAUCACACUGGAUGAAGUUUUGUCGAAAAUCAAAAAAAUAUUUUUUAUUGUACCCGUUGCUUUUAGAAAUUUUUUAGAAUAACGGAGACAGCGUGUUAAGGCUACAGAAAAUUGAUCAAAUCCGAUGAAAUUGAAAAAAAUCUCUCUUGGGGCUUAUUCCCUCCGCAAUCCCUAUAGGGAGCACUCCAGCGUUCCUAAGUUUCAUGAGCUUAAAGUGAGUAAAAAAAUAAUAAAAAAAUUUUUGGAAAGAGUUGGCAAAAUCGAGGAGAGAGACGAAAGUUUGAUGAUUCUGAAAUGUUGGAUUAUCCACGUAUAAAUAUAUUUUUAGAAGUUUGAGGCUCCAGAAAAAGUUCAAAUUUCCGAUAAAGUUGAAAGACUAGUAAAAAAUUUUUUCACAGCUAAUUAUUACCGCCGUCCUCAUUCAGAGCCCUCAACUUUGUGGCUCACGUCGCGAUGCGCGGCGGAAUGAUCCUCUUCGUGACGACAAAUCGCGACACGAUGUUCGACGUGGAAAAAGCGGCGGAGGAGGUGAGUUGCACGAUUGGCCGAGUGGCUAAACGACUUGGUCUGGCCAGGAGAUACCCGGGUUCGACUCUCGGCCGUGAUGACAAGAUACUUUGA